AUGGGAAAUCUGCCGCCCUGCCGAGUAACACCCGCUGAACCGUUUUUAAAAACUGGCAUUGACUAUGCCGGACCAGUAUUUGUCAAGGAAGGUCGUCACAAGCCGAAAAUUGUCAAGGUCUACAUCGCGGUGUUUAUCUGCAUGUCAACGAAAGCUGUCCAUUUGGAAUUAGUUCCCGACAUCUCUACCGCCGCGUUCCUAGCUGCACUUCAGCGCUUCGUCAGCCAACGGGGCAUUUGCCGAGAGGUCUUUUCAGAUAAUGGCUCCAACUUCAACGGAGCCAAAUCUGAAUUACAUGAUCUAUAUUUCCUAUUUCGCAACCGCAAUGCCGUUGACGAGAUAGCAUCCUUCUGCCAGCCAAAGGAGAUCUCCUGGAAAUUUAUCCCACCGGAAGCUCCUAAAUUUGGCGGCCUCUGGGAGAGCGCAGUGAAGACCGCUAAGUAUCACCUGAAGAGAACUCUAAAAAAUGCCAAAUUGACUUUUGAAGAGUAUGCUACAGUCUUUAGCCAAGUGGAGGCUAUAAUGAAUUCCCGGCCUCUCUGUUCAACAUCAGAUCCAGACGACGAAAUUUUGACACCGGGCCAUUUUUUGAUUGGCCGUCCUCUGAUAGCCACGCCGGAGCCUAGCUACAAUGAGAUACCAACCAAUCACCUGACAAGAUGGCAGUAUCUACAGUACCUCCGUGAGCAGUUCUGGAGACAAUGGAGCUGGGACUACUUGUUGAACCUGCAACUGAGGGGAAAAAACCGCCAAAGACAACCAAACAUUCGCCCUGGUAUGAUCGUGCUGCUUGAGCAGAAGGAUAUCCCACCGCAAUGUUGGAAGAUGGGAAAGGUCGUCCAGAUUUACCCAGGUUCCGACAAUUUGGUGCGAGCGGUAGAUAUCAACGUCGAAGGUUCCAUCUAUAGACGAGCGGUAUCCAAAUUAUCCGUCCUUCCGAUUGCUGACAAUGAAGACCAAAACAUCGAUUCAGUGAAUUCUUCGCAGCCUAGGGGAAUAUGUUCGCGACCGAACCGUUCGCUCCGGAAAGACUGCCGAAUGAAACCGAACGACGCACACCAACAGAAGCAGCGGCAGCAGUGGAAGCGACGCACACCAAAAAAGGCAACCUACAAGAAGAAAACGUAG